AUGGAUGCCAUUUUGAACUGCGGCUGCGCCAUUGUGCUCCCUUCUUGUCCUACCAGUCUUGCUCGUCAAUGUUCUCAACUUUGGUUGAAAACACGAGAAGAAAUUGGUUAUCCACUGGGCACUUACCAAGAGGCUAGUCUUGUAUACCCCCAUGUCUCUGAAAAGCUCAGCAGAAAGGAAGUGCUGGGGCAGGCACAGACGUUUGUUCUUGAAAUAGGAACAGAAGAGUUGCCGCCCCAUGAUGUGGUAGAAGCAACUGAACAACUUGAGAAAUCUCUAGUUCAAAUACUAGGGAAGCGUAGACUGAGCCAUGGGAAGGUGCUCUCCUAUGGGACACCACGGAGAUUAGCGGCUGUUGUUGAAAAUCUAAGUCUGAAGCAAAUGGAGGAAGAGGUUGAGUUACGCGGUCCGCCAGUUACAAAGGCAUUUGACCAAGAGGGAAAAACCACUAAGGCUGCUGAGGGGUUUUGUCGGAAAAAUAAUGUUCCCUUAGAUUCCUUAUACAGAAAAAUCGACGGUAAAACAGAGUAUAUAUAUGCCCGUGUCAAAGAGUCUGCACGAUACGCUGAUGAGGUCCUAUCUGAAGAUUUACCUACUAUUAUAUCUGGCAUUUCAUUCCCCAAGUCAAUGCGCUGGAACUCAAAUAUUGUGUUUAGUCGCCCUGUACGCUGGAUCAUGGCACUUCAUGGAGAUCUUGUUGUGCCAUUUUCUUUUGCUGGCAUCUCAAGUGGGAGCCAGUCAUGUGGCCUUCGUAACUCCUCUUUGGCGAAUUUUAAGGUGGAAACUGCAGAAUCAUAUUUGCACACUGUGGAAAAAGCUGGGAUCGUGAUUGAUAUGCAGGAGCGCAGAGCUAAAAUCUUGGAUGACCCUAGUACAUUGGCUAAAGGAGUUGAUGGGGAUUUCAUUGCACCUGAUAGCUUGCUGCAGGAGGUUGUCAAUCUUGUGGAGGCGCCUGUGCCCAUUCUUGGACGAUAUGAUGAUUCCUUCCUAGAACUUCCGAAAGAUGUGUUAACAACGGUCAUGCAGAAACACCAGAGGUAUUUUCCUGUAACCUCCAAGUCUACAGGCGAUCUGCUACCAUAUUUUAUUACCGUUGCUAAUGGUUCUAUUAGUGAAGAAGUGGUCCGUAAAGGCAAUGAAGCUGUACUCAGGGCAAGGUAUGAGGAUGCCAAGUUCUUUUAUAAGAUGGAUACACAAAAGAAUUUGUCUGAAUUCCGAGGCCAGCUGAAGAGCAUUCUCUUUCAUGAAAAACUUGGUACAAUGCUCGACAAAACAGCGCGUGUUGAAAAUGUUGUCGCAGAGGUGACCCUUGUUCUCGGGAUAAAUGAGGGGAUGAUCCCAGUUGUCAAAGAUGCAGCUGCAUUGGCUAUGUCAGAUCUUGCCACUUCCGUUGUUACGGAAUUAACUUCACUCGCUGGAAUUAUGGCACGCCACUAUGCUUCAAGGGACGGUCUUCCAGAAGAGAUUGCAGAAGCACUAUUCGAGAUAACACUUCCAAGGUUCUCUGGCGAUGUUUUACCAAAAUCAGAUGUUGGCAUAGUCCUUGCGGUUGCUGAUAGAUUGGACAGCCUAGUGGGUCUGUUUGGAGCUGGAUGUCAGCCAAGUUCUUCGAACGAUCCAUUUGGACUGAGAAGGAUCUCUUAUGGAUUGGUUCAAAUAUUGGUUGAUAAUAAGAAGAACUUUGACCUCACGAAGGCCUUGACCUUGGUGGCACAGGUGCAGCCUAUAAGAAUAGACAAUGACGUUAUAAAUGAGGUAGUGCAAUUUGUAACACGGAGACUGGAACAACUUUUGGUGGAUGAGGGAAUUAACUAUGAAAUAGUUCGGUCGGUGCUUAUGGAGCGUGCGAACUGCCCUUAUCUGGCAUCACAAACGGCAGCUGAAAUGGAAGCAUUUUCAAGAACUGAAGAUUUCCCAAAAAUCGUUGAGGCGUAUUCCAGGCCAGUUCGAAUUAUACGUGGGAAGCAAAUCGAGUCUGCUUGGGAGGUUGACACAAGCGUAUUCGAGAAGGACGAAGAAAAGGCCUUGUGGAGCGCCUAUUUGGAGGCUGUCGACAAGAUCCAUCCUGGUGUUGACGUCAAAACCUUCGUCGAGGCCUCCCUGCUUCUGAUACAGCCUUUGGAAGAUUUCUUCAACAAUGUUUUUGUCAUGGCGGAAGAUGAGAAGAUCCGCAACAACCGGCUGGCACUGCUACAAAAGGUUGCGAGUUUGACGAAGGGGAUAGCCGACCUCUCGGCUUUACCAGGGUUUUAGUUAGCCUUGAAGCGAGCUGAGAGCGUGCGUCCCAUUUUUGAGCUGGUGUCAUUAAGUUGGAGCCAUUUUUUUGUACUUUUGUUACUGGUCAUUCAUCUGGUGGAAACUUACUGGGAGAAGAAUGAGAAUGUAACUACAAGGGAUCGUCUUUGAUUGGAGGGUAUCAGUUAUGAGGUGUAACUACAAGACGAACCAAUAGACAAAAUGAGGUGUUGUUUAUGCUAGUUGUUAAAUGCAUUUUCUUCUUCUGUGUUGUGUUGCUGACAUUAUCUGG